AUGGGUUGGGUGGAGAAGACGAAUAUGGCUGUGGCAAAGAGCGCCGUUGGAAGACGAUUCAGGCUUGAAUUUUCCGGGCAUAGGUAUGAGAGAAAAGGCUCCAGGUUUCUGACAGAAGUGAGAGCCGGUCUCGCCACAUUCUUCGCUAUGGCGUAUAUCAUCUCAGUCAAUGCUUCGAUCGUAUCAGAAACUUCAACAGAUCCUACUUACCAAUUAUGCGUUCAGGAGGUCAACCAGGACUUGGUCACAGGUACGGCAGCAAUAUCUGCUCUAACGAGUUUUUGCAUGGGGGUUUUUGCAAAUAUGCCUAUCGCUCUAGCCCCCGGAAUGGGUCUGAAUGCAUAUUUUGCUUACCAAGUUGUUGGGAUACAUGGCCAGGGACCCGUUCCGUACAGACUAGCAUUGACAGCUGUCUUCAUCGAAGGAUUACUCUUUGUUGCGCUUUCAAUACUUGGACUCAGGCAAUGGCUUGCUCGCGCCAUACCUCGAAGCUUGAAGAUCGCUAGCGGCGCAGGUAUUGGGCUCUAUCUCGCUCUCAUUGGGCUAACUUACAGCGCAGGAAUUGGUGCCAUUACAGGCAGUAAUACCGAUGUACCUCUUCAACUAACUGGCUGUGUACCUGAAUUCAUUGCUUCAGACGGAACCUGCACGUCCGGUAAGAUGCGGAGUCCGACCAUGUGGCUUGGCAUAUUUGGUGGGGGAAUGUUCACGGCGUUUCUUAUGAUGUACCGUGUCAAAGGUGCCGUCAUAGCAGGAAUCCUCCUCGUCUCCAUCGUUUCCUGGCCGCGCAAUACCUCCGUUACUUUUUUCCCUCAAACCGUUUCUGGCGAUGCGGCUUUUGAGUUCUUCAAGAAAGUCGUCACUUUUCAUCCAAUUUCUCGAGUGCUGGCUGUGCAAGAUUGGAAUAUCACAGGAGCUGGAGCAGGACAAUUUGCAUCCGCACUCAUCACCUUUCUGUACGUCGAUAUCCUUGAUUGUACUGGUACGUUAUACUCAAUGGCCCGUUUCUGUGGAGCGAUCGACGAAGACACGCAAGAUUUUGAAGGCAGCGCUGUAGCCUACCUAGUUGACGCCUUUGGCAUAUCUCUUGGCUCCUUCGUAGGCUCUCCGCCCGUUACUGCAUUUAUUGAAUCCGGCGCCGGUAUAUCCGAAGGUGGGGCAACCGGUCUCACGGCCGUCACCACCGGCUUUUGUUUCUUCAUCAGUAUUUUCUUUGCUCCAAUAUUUGCUAGCAUACCUCCCUGGGCAACUGGCUGCACUCUGAUACUCGUUGGCGCGAUGAUGGCGCGCGCUUGUACAGAGAUUAACUGGCGAUACCUGGGGGAUUCUAUACCGGCUUUCCUGACACUAGCGAUCAUGCCUUUUACGUAUUCGAUUGCUUACGGACUGAUAACGGGGAUUGUCACGUAUACGCUACUUAACAGUUCAGCGUGGAUAUUAGCGAAGAUAUCGGGAGGGAGAAUCAUGCCGCAUGAUUAUGAAUUGAAGGAUUAUUGGACGUAUAAAGUUAGGGGAGGAUUAUUACCUGGAUGGGUAAGGAGGGCCACGAGGGGAAAGAGGAAUUUUUGGAGAGAAUGGGAUUUUGAUGCCGAGGAGGUGGGGAGUAAGGUUGAUAGUGUGAGAGGACAUAGGACGAGGGGGAGUAUGGCGAAGAGCCACAAGAGUACGAAGAGUCAUGAUGUGGUCAGCGCGCGAAAAAAUGAGAUAAUAGGGAUUCCGAGUGUGAAUGGACACGGAGAGAGGACGUGGGAGAUGCCUGAAAUGGCGUUUCCAAAGAGUGGUGUGGGUGUGGGUGGGAGUGGGGGAAUUGGGGAAGCCCUUGGAGGCGAAGAGAGGAGAGAAAGUACGAGGACUAUGAGUUCUGCAGGGAGGAGCUUAGGAAGAAGAUCGUAA